CCUCGUCGUCUCCGAUUACUCUCUCUCCUCCGCCUCCUCCUCCUCCUCCUCCUCCUCUCGCGACCCUUUUUUUCCUCUCCCAAUUUCACAAGCUUCGAAUAAUUUGUGAAAGCGGUCGAUCGUGCUCUCUCUCUCCCCCUCCCUCUCGCGCGCGCGCUCGCGCGCGCGCUUUGGAAAAAGACUUUUGGGGCUUUGUGUCACCCACUGUACCAUUGGUUACAGGAACCUUGGCUGGCAUCAAUCAAAAACUUCCAACAUUAUCUGAGGGUGUAAAGGAAAGAGGAUGAAAUUAGACUGCUAUCAGUACUGUUAACCUCAUAUACGCUCUGUUAUAAAUGGCUGCUGGAGCUUCCUUUCAUUUGUUCCAUGAAGUGGGGAUCAUAAGAAAGCUUCGCCGAAUAGACCAAUUUAAGCCCUCAGAAGUGAAGAGCUGGCGCCACUUGCCUAAUGAUUCUUUUUCUUCAUGUGCCUUGAGGCAGGAUAUUUGGAGCCUCAGUAUAUCAGAUAGGGUCCAUAGGCCGAUCGUUUGUAUGCCUUACAGAUAUAAUGCUCUGACGUGUCGAUCUUUUGCUCUACCAACUUCUUUGAUGGAGAGCCCUAUAGUAAAGUGCACCUCUUCAGCAUUAACUAGGUCAUGUAAGACUUUGCUUGCAAGCCCUACCGCUGUGCAAUUAGCUCCUGCAAUUGGAAUCAUUGCUUUUGCUGUGUGGGGACUCAUUCCUUUGAUCCGUAACAUCAAUAGCCUCUUUCAUAAUGAGGGUAACUGGAAAAAGAGUAAAGCAUAUUAUGUUUCUGCCUCCUAUAUUCAACCUUUGUUACUUUGGGCUGGAGCAAUGCUUGUUUGCAGGGCAUUGGAUCCAGUUGCUCUUCCUUCAGAAGCCAGCCAAGCGGUCAAAUUGCGUCUUCUGAAUUUUGUUAGAUCGUUAUCAACUGUCCUGGCCUUUGCCUACUGUCUGUCAAGCCUGAUUCAGCAAACACAGAAGUUCUUCAUGGAGACAAAUGCCACUGAUGAUACUAGAAAUAUGGGUUUCCAAUUUGCUGGAAAAGCUGUGUAUACUGCUGUUUGGGUUGCUGCUUUUUCUUUAUUCAUGGAGUUGCUGGGGUUCUCCACCCAGAAAUGGAUCACUGCUGGAGGUCUUGGUACAGUUCUGCUGACUCUUGCUGGUCGUGAGAUUUUCACCAACUUUCUCUCAAGUGUUAUGAUCCAUGCAACGCGGCCAUUUGUAGUAAAUGAAUGGAUUCAAACUAAGAUCGAGGGCUAUGAAGUUUCUGGUACCGUCGAGCAUGUUGGUUGGUGGUCUCCAACUAUUGUAAGAGGUGAUGAUCGUGAAGCAGUCCAUAUUCCUAACCACAAAUUUACAGUUAGCGUCGUGAGGAAUCUCAGUCAAAAGACUCACUGGCGUAUUAAGACCCAUCUUGCAAUUAGCCACCUGGAUGUUAGCAAAAUUAAUAUCAUUGUAGCUGAUAUGAGGAAAGUCUUGGCUAAAAAUCCUCAGAUAGAGCAACAGAGAUUGCACAGAAGAGUAUUCUUGGAGAAUGUUGAUCCGGAAAAUCAAGCUCUUUUGAUUCUCGUUUCUUGUUUUGUGAAGACUUCACGUUUUGAAGAGUACCUCUGUGUUAAGGAAGCAAUUCUAUUAGAUCUCCUCAGAGUAAUCAGCCAUCACCGAGCAAGGCUGGCCACUCCAAUCCGUACGGUGCAGAAAAUAUACGGUGACGCCAACCUGGAGAACAUUCCCUAUGCAGAGACCAUCUUCUCCCGUUCGAGUGCUGCCGCCAACCGACCAUUCCUUCUGGUCGAACCAUUGCGGAAAAUCAACGGUGAGGAUAAAGCCAAAACCCGUCAAACACCUCGUGAAGAGCAAACGCCAAAAACUAGUGCACCGCAAGACCCCAAAGUAAGUCCAUCGGGUAAACAUCAACAAAAGAAACCAAAUUCAGGAGAUAAUCAGCCUAAGAACUCUACAAAUGAUCCUCCCUCUAAGGAAAGCUUGGACUCCGAUACCAAGAGUGAGGCUGUAACUGAGCAAGUUGAUAUUAAUAGUACUGUUCCUCCGGUUAAGAUUAGGAGUGAGGGUGAAAUGGUGAAUGCCAAGAGUGAGGGUGAAAGGGUGAAUACUAAGAGUGAGCCCGAAAGGGUGAAUACCGUGGGUGAGGCUGUAAGGGUGAAUGCUAGUAAUGAGGCAGAAAGGAUGAAUACCAAAAGUGAGGUUGAAAGGGUGAAUGCUAAGAAUGAGGUGGUGAAUACUAAGGGCGAGGUCGAAAGGAUGAAUGCUAAAGGUGAGGCCGAAAGAAUGAGUACCAAGAGUGAGUUUGAAAGGGUGAAUGCCAAGAAUGAGGCGGUGAAUACUAAGAGUGAGGACGAAUGGGUGAAUGCUAAAGUUGAGGCCGAAAGAAUUACUAAGAGUGAGGUUGAAAGGGUGAAUGUUAUAAGUGAGUCCGAAAGGUCUAGUGCUAAGAGUGAGUCCGAAAGGGCGAGUGCUAAGAGUGAGGCUGAAAGGGCGAGUGCUAAGAGUGAGGCCGAAAGGGUGAAUACUAAGAGUGAAGACGAAAGGGUGAAUAAUCCCACAUCUUCAGGUGGGAGGCCCGUCUUUGAGGACAAUAUUGUACUUGGUGUAGCCCUAGAAGGUUCGAAGCGGACUCUUCCUAUUGAAGAAGGGAUGAGUGCAGGAUCUAAUUCAUCGGAUACAAAUGAGCAGGAUAAGACUGGGCCUUCUCCGCCUAUUAAGGACAAGGGUCAAAUUCCAGCCGUUCCUGGCCAAGCGAAGGUUGACCAGAGGGAUCAAGCGAGGUGAUCUCUCUGGUUAAGAUUUCGGCAAAUUGACUGACAUGAUCAUUGGGCGAUUUGUUGCAAUUCUUUUUUUUUUGCAGAUGCAGCAUUUCUUUGAAAGCCAUUUUCUGUACAGAUUGGUAAAAUAUGCUAUAUUUAGUUCAAAGUGUUAGUGUAUCCUGUUGUGUUUCAAUGGUGGAUACUGUAUCAGUACACUAAACUUAUCCUUGUGAUUGUUUUAAGGAGACUUUAUUUUGAUUUAAAUUUGGUGUUGCAUUUUGUUUUAGGAAUAUAAAUUUUAAAUGA